GGUGGUGCGGUGUUGUAAUUUGGCUGGGGACCAGUCGUUACUUCGCUGGGAUGUGAGGGUGCAUUACCUUUAAACCCACCUGUCGUUUUACCGUUUUUCCUUACGUAGGUGGGCCGAAACGGAAACACGGGUUACAAUACAAGUGUAUAAGCACACCUGUAAUUCUGUGCACCUGUAGCGAUAUUUCUGAUCUAUGAACGGGUACAUGUAAAACUCACUGAGAAAGCCAUUUGGUGGAGAAUGACGGGGUGGUCACUAGACAAUUUCGGCCGUCCUAAAGUGGACUUAAGUGGACACUCGGUGAUUUUGGGAUUUAGAUAAUGGGCGUCUUCCUCAGCAAUGAGUAUAACAUUACAUGGAUUUGAACGCUGUGAAUGAAGAUAUAACUUAGUAAAUAUCUAAAUAUUUACGUUAGCUAUUUACAUAUGUAAAUGGUGUUUAAGGCUGUUGGGAUGGAUUAACUAAACAAUCGAUAGAUCACUGAAAGCAGUCACAUUUAAAGAAAAACCGGAACCUGCUUUUCACAACUCCCUUCCGUUUCCGUUUGAUCCUGGAACGGAUGUGACGUCACCAGAGCUCAAUAAUUUGGACUCCUACUUACAGCUUGACUAUGAUCGCAUGGUAUCCAGCGUUGAAAAUGCUAUUAUGGAGGACAAAAGCCGAAAUCGGCAUCGGGUCACACCGAAAGAGCUUCUGGUGAAAAGCAAUCCCAGUCUGUAUGCUGAAGUCGAUACAAACCGACAAAUGAAUAAUAUGAUAUCAAAUCGGCGCUGGGAAGUGGAUAGUCACAGUAAAGACGAUUCACACGUGAAACCAAUGUCUAAUCUGAUGGCUCCUGGUCCUUCGUUUCCGUUUCUAUCCAGAACCAAUAGCAUGAACAAUCUCCAUCACUAUUCAGGUGGUAAAAUGUUACGGAAGCAACAUUCACAUAGCAACCAUGACUUGUCCGGCUUUGACCGGAAGGACCACAGCAAGUACGCAGCAGCCCUGCAUCGGCAGCAGAAUUAUAGCAUGGAGGACCUUAGACACGUGGCUGAGUCUGACAAGGAAAACCGGAAGUCACUUCACUUCCCGGCAAUUCGUAGAGAACGAACAAAGACAGUUGCUCCGAGUAGUUUUCCCGGAUCUGACUCAUCUGGUGUAAAUUUUCCAAAUGUUAGAUCUGAUCUUUCUUGGCCGUUACAAAACGGAAGUAACGGGGAAAUUAGGAUAAAUCAUUUUUCCAGAGAUAAAACUCGAGUUCUUGGAAAACCAUUCGUUCACAAACUGGAAAAAUGGUUUUCGGAAAUUCCAAGUGAGGAAUAUGAAAAAGCGGAUCAAUCGCGCAAUGUUGAAAAUUCGGAUAGUUCCAAGUCUUUUUCCAUGAGAGGAAAGCAAAGGAAUGUAUCUUCAAAGUCUCAGUGGAAAGUACCAGUUCUAAAGCCUAUGCAAAAUAUUCCUAACAAAUACUUGGAGUUGCGGAAGGAAACAAACACUAAUGGAAUCAAGGAUACAAAUAUCAAUAGAGACCAGUACAAACUUAGACAGAAGUCGCUGUUGCAGCUGAAAAUGAACAGUGUUGAGAAUCGAGAAAGGACUUUAACUAAAACUGCAUUUGAAGUUGACGAAGAUCUUCGACAAUACACCUUUCACACUGAACGGUAUCCUCCCACAGAACAACAACACCGCCCGACACUCGAGGACCUCGCGAGGGCUAGAAAACAGACAGGCGACGGUGUAGGAAAGAUUGACAUAGGCGAGUUUGCCAUUGACGCUUACAACAUUAAACCGAAUUCCAAAUUCAACUUUGCAAAUCUCGACCCUAAUGGGGUGUACGGCUCGAUGAAUGGACACAGUAACAGUGGAUCAGUCGGUUCGAAUGACUCGGGAGUACAACGGACACCAGAACGAGGCGAUCCGUCAAAGACCGCCAUUGUGAAUUUAGAAAUGUCUCGAUCACGUGGCUCAAGGUCAAACCAAAACAAAACUUCGAAUGAUUAUGUUGGUAUGAAUAUGGCAAAUCAAAAACGACCAGGUCAUACUGCCGCAAUCGGUAGCAGUGAUGUUUCCACGUAUAAUGCAAACCCAGGAAAGGGUUACAACAGGUCAAAGUCUGUGCUAUCAAAAUUUAACACACUGGAAGUGUUUGGAAACGAUCCAAAGUCAAAGCAAAUCCAUGAAUACCCAGAUCAUGGACAGUUUUUGGGUUCGAUGCUGACAAUCGAGGAAAAUGGUGGAUCUAAAAAGCCGGUAAAAGUGCCGGUUUACAAAUUAGAUCUGAAGACGAUGACCAAAAGGUCAGUGCAUCAAAAAUCAGAAACCUCAGAGGAUUUAAUACCUGGUAGCGACAACGUUGUUCAGGAAAUUCCUACAUUGUCGUUAGAGUUCCGAACAGGAGAGGUGGUAGUCAACCGGAAGUCAGGUGUAGAGCUUAGCCUCAGCUCGAGGAAUAAACCAUCAAAAAGAGACCAUGUUAAGACGUCAUCCAUCAGGGACGACACUCCGCCAGAAUUUGUUGACCGAGCGGCGGGUUCUGCUUAUCAUCAGGACAGAUUGGAUGCAGUAAGCGAUGGAACGAUGACCGUCACGCCAGAACUCAGAAGAAACAUUGUUCCAAACACACAGGAGCAACUAAUAACUCCCCGAGAAGUUGAAUCAGAGGCGAAAAUUGAUCAAAUACAAAACCCAGAAGCUGUGGAUGAAGGAUAUGUUAAUGGUGACUCACCUACAGAAAACAUUAACGGUACAUUGAAAGAACCUGAAAGUUUCGAAAAUACCCAGGAAAAUACCCAAGAAAAACAGCUCGAACAAGCAGUUGCUACAGAACUAACAGUUGAAACUUCCCGACAACAUUCGAAAGAGAAAUCCGAAAAUGACAAUAUGCAAAUUAUCGAAGCGGGGUAUUUAGAAACAAUAGGAGACCAAUCUGAACAGAUACCAUUGAACAAUCCUCUCGAGGAAAAAAAAUGGAGAUGAUUCCGAACAGCCGAAGGUCGAGGGAAUCGACGUUACUGAUACAGGUGAUGAUGACGUAGGCGCGGAAAACGACAACGUAGCGGAAAUGACAGGGAAAAGGGACGCGGCAACAUCAGUGUCUACCAUACAUAAGACCCCAAGGCUACCCGCAGAUACACCUGUGGAUUUAGGAGAGACACCGGACAUUGAUUCAACGAGAGGCGACGAUGAGGGGAAGGUUAUUCCGGAAGAGGUGAAAGGUCAAAUUGAAUUGAAAGAUAUUGCAGACGGCAAUAAUAAUGCACGGUCCUCAAGUCUCUAAAAAUAUGGGAGCUGAUUGCUAGUGCAUAUAUGAGCGCUGUGAAUAUCAUCGAGUUUGAAGGUGCCUUCUCAUAAUAUACAUCUGUUGUCCUUGUUGUAGGGAAAUAUGAGUGAAAAAGACUAAUCUCGCGGAAACAGUUAUAUGGUUCCUACCACAGGGAUAGUAAAAUAUCUUAUCAUCUAUUAACAGAAUAAUACAUCUACAGCUUCAGAUGAACAGACUCUCAUUUUGGUCUUCUGUUUGAGUCAUUCGGAACUCAUAUGUGAUAAUACAUCCUGCGCAUUUUUUCUAGAGAUGUCCCUGGCAAGGAAACUAUGACAAGGAAACUCGCGUGCGUGAGGGAAACACGAUGUUUUAUUUCCUUAUCAUGUGACUGAUAUAAUACCAUUUGGUACACUGUUAUUUACAUGUACUUAUAUAAGGUAUAACAUAACAGAUUGAAUUUGAUAAGGCGAAAUUAACAUUUCGAUUGGAAAUCUUAUUUGCUUCACUUUUUUUUCUGGAAUUCAUGAAGUUUGUCAAGAAACAAGAAAAUAUUGAUUAGUGAGGUUUCCAGUGAUAAAACCAUACAAGAAUUUUACAGAGGGCAUUACCAAUCGGCAGAAUUAAACUGCUAAUUUGUUUUUGAUUUCCAAACAAGAGUAUGAAUAUUAUGGAGAGGUAUUUAAUAAGUAUUGUACGGUCACUAUAUAUUACACGUGAUUGAGACUUGCUGCGAACCGUUCGAUGGGCUGGUUCCCCGCUUGGCAUACGAAAUGUUUCAUAAAUCGGGCCAAAGGACGUGCCUUGACUUAUAACAAAUGGUGACUUUCCUUGGUCCACUGGAUAUAUAGAGGGGAUUUACGUGCUUUGAUAUUUGACCGAGGUUGCUUGGCGUUGAGAACAUCAAGGGAGACAGCUCCCGUGUAUAACACAGUUAGUCGAGGUUUGUUUGCAAUACUACACAGUGCUAACUAGCUAGUGGUACAAACCGUAGACCCCCCCUUGAACCUUAAUCUGUAUUUGUGAUACUUUAUUCAAGAGAGCUUUUAUAUUUACUUGAAAACCAAAUGCGAAGUAGACGACAAGCAUACAUGAAUGUGUUUUAUUCUUAAACUUGCGGUACCUCGUUCUUAAUUAGUAUUUAGAUACCGUGCACAUCUUUGAUUUAACGCACCACUUUGAACCUGUGCAAAUGUCCAAUCUGCUCGUUUUGAAUUUGCAUUUCUGGCGAUGUUGAUAAUAUAGUUCUCUAACAGAGCAGUACUGAAUUUUCGGAUUCCGUGAAAUAUCACACAAAAUAUAAUGAUAUCGCAAACAUUUCACUGUAUUGAGGUUUCAGCAGAAAUCACAUCUCUUCCAGAGGGAAGUAUUCAUAUAAUUAACUUUUCAAUGUUUCUCGUUUUGAGAUAUUAGUAGCAGUAUAUACGUGUAAUUAGCCAAAUUAAUUGUCACCUGAUUUUCCCACCCGUAAUAUACAAUGUUUGAUUACAUUAUCACUACUGCAGAAGUUGAUUUCACUUUAUAUAAGAAAUUACACACUUUUUAUUUUAAUCACUGAGUUGUUUAAAUAUAUAAAAUUAAAUAGAAUAGAGCUUAUCACGCUUGAUAGUUAAAUGUGCUACUUACCCUAUGCCGACAACAGACCUUCACACAGAUACGUCUCCUGUACUCUCGAAUCCUACAAUGUAACCAAAAAUGCUAAUUAUGACGUCAAUUCUAUCGUGACAUUCUGAUUUCGUCCUCAGUUUUGCGUUUAGAGAGUAUGUAAUGGGCGAGUUGUUGUAACAAAGAGAAGAUGUUAAGUUACGUCUGUAAACGUUCAUUCAGCUUUAUGAUACAAUAUGAUUAUUGUGUAUUGCUCGCAUGUAAUUCUACUUACAUGUCUACGUAAAAAUGUGUAAUCGAUUGCGUCGUAUCUGUUAUGUAAAUAUAAAUUUAUAUGUAUGUACUAUCGAAUGGCUUAUAACUCCUCGUGGUUGGUGUCAUCAUGUCAAUUCGCUUUUUAUUCCACGUACAGAGAAAUACGCUCUAUGUGAUAGGCCUAUUGGGCCGUUUGUAUCUUCUAAAAACUAUUACAUCGUCUCGAUUUUAACUCUACAUGUUCACAAAACAUGCGAUAUCAACUCGCUUGUAACCCUACAUAUUUAGGAAAAUAUGUGAUAUCAACCCCACAGUAUUAUGGUCUAAAUACACUUGUAUAGGAAGCUCAAAUCUUUAACGUCUGUGAUAUAUUUAAGAUACAUUCUAGGAUUUUAAUUGCACGUGACCUUUAGGUCAAAUUUGUUUGGAGCGCAAGACAGUUUUAACUGCAUUUAUUUAGCACGUGAGGUUUUAUAUGUGAGAGAGGUGCUUAAUUUAUAUGUAUAUUAACUUAUUGUAUCAUGGAAAACAUCAUAAAAUAAACAUAUU